AUGAGUAAUCUCGACGUGGACUGUCUCGCAACGAUCUUCUCCUUUCUCACUCCCGCGCAGAUUUGCCGAUUGGCCCACGUGUCUCGCACGUGGGCGGCAGCAGCGGCGUCUGACGUCAGCUGGGGCCGUCUCCUCCCUCCUCUAUGCGGCUCGACCUGCUUUCAGAAGGCCCUCGAGGCGCAUCGCGUUGCGAUGGGCGACAUUGCGCUUCCCUUCCCCCUUCGCCCGGGCGCGUACGAGGCAGAGUGGCGCAUUGCGCGCGACCCCGCGGAGGGGGAACGGAGGGAGGCGGAGGAGCGGCUGGUGCGAGAGGCGGAGUGGGCGGACGGCGCGGAGGCGGAAGCUUGGCAGGAUAUGGGGCUGGGGGCGGUGAGCGGAGACGUCGUGUGCGGAAAGGGGAGGGGAAAGGGGAAGGGGCGGAAAGGAAGGAGAAUGCGCAAACCCGCGGAUUUGGGGGAUGCUCUGCGCUCCAUCAGGGGGAUUGGGCGGAGGGGGACGGGCGCACAAAGUACAGGGGGCAGGGCCUUGGGAACAGGGGCGUCGAAUGGGGGCGCGGGAUUAGAUUCCGGGGCAGCGGGUAUUGGUUCAGUGAAAGACGAGCUUGAGGAGGAGAUGGAUGACGUGGCAGCGAAGCUGGCGUUUUGGCGAAGCACUCAACAGCGAAGCGCAUUCAAGUGCUGGGAGGAGUGGCCGCUUACGAGCGGGGCGCAGGUGGUGAUCGGGGGAGCGGAGGAGCGGAGGGAGAACGAGAGGGUGGGGGAAGUCGGUGAGGAGGAAGAGGAAGAUGAGGAAACGAGAAGGGAGAGAGAACUCGAAUGGGAAGAGCACUACGGGAAUUCAGUGGAGAAGCGAACUUUUGUAAUGUGGAAGGAUACUUUUUCUACACUUCCGAACUGGACGCAUCUCGAAGCGGGGAUUAUGCUUAUAAAAGGGGAGACGGAGAGUGGACGCGAUAUGAGCGGAAUCUUUGUGGAUUGCGUUGUUCUUAGAGAGACAGGCAUACCUUGCGAGUGUUUAUGGUAA